UUUUUUUUUUUUUUUUUUAAAUGUGAAUUGUAUGUGUGGUGCUUGGCUUAAGGUUGUGGCAGCGUUGCAAGUUUUUGCUCGGUUGGACUGCUGCGGUGCAGCAUUUCCCUACGUUCUUGUUCCUGGUUCUACCUUUGUGUGUACCUGCAGCAAGUGGGGCUUUGGGGUGGAUCUUUUGGUUUUUUUUGUUUUUGUGUUUGUAUCCACGGAUGUGACUAUGAUUUUUUUAUGCCCACAACGGUUGCACUUGAGUUGUGGGCUGUGCUUCCUCGUUGAGUGUUGCUGCGUGGUGCGGAGGUGUGGUGCAGCAACUCGUUUACGUCCCCUCGAAGCUGCGAUGAUGACGAUCCCAAGUUGUCGACGUCGUUGAACGUGCUAUCUCAACUGUUCCCUCCUUUUGUUUUGAUUUCGAUUUUUUUUUUUUUUUUUUAAUUCCGCAGGUGCGGCGGUGUCGCAAGUGUUUUGGUGCGGUGGAUCGGCAGAGGGCCAUUCAAGGCUCCUCAUGUGUGCUUUGCAUAUUGUACUGGAGGCUGUGGUGCAGUGGUGGCGUCGGGAGUUUUUCCUUUGUUGUGGUGCAACGGAACGGUUGUGGGAGAGUACCCAGUGACAACAAUCCGGAUCUGUUUGGAUUGGGUCUUUUGUUCUGUUUUUUUCCUUCUGUGCAAUUCUUUGCUCCGAUUCCACCAGAGUGGCUCCCUUCCCUUAUGUUUUUUCAUGUGCCUCAAUGAGGUAUGACAAAGCAGUGUGGUGGGAGGCGACUGAAGGUUCUCUUUUGCAACAUCACUCUCGGAUUUGAUCAAGCAAGUUUCAGCGCGGCGACCUGUGGAGCUGUCGUCCUCGACCUUAGAUUUGUAGACGUGUGGGUUGUUGAAUUUGAGGUAGAGCGGUUACUCCCUACUGUCCAUGCGGUAUUGGAGAGCUGGAUUGAAUGCGCAGCCGCAAGGAUUGUCGAUGUGGACAUGAUUUCGCGGCUACUAGGACAUGUUGCAUCGAUUCCGUGCACGGAUGUUCAAACUCGGCUGUUUAUCAAUGCUAUUGAGGAACCAAACCUAACAAUACAAGGAGAACAAAGCCUUGUGCAGAGUAUUUUUGGUGGCACAAGAUCAGCGUUGUGGAUGGUGGUUCGCAAGAUUGAGCAUGCGGCAAGCAAGGACUGAGUAGUGGCUCCAAAAUUUUUGGGGAUCUUGUUAGGGCGACAACAGCGAUCCUUGUGUUGUUUGAAAACCUUAGCAUGCAUAAUUCUAGCUGGACUAUGGACGUGCUCAUUGGAAUAGUGUCAAAUUUACAAGCUACAGAAGUUGGAGCGUAAACUCUAAAUUCAACAAAUCGAGCACACUCACUCUGUGCGUCGAUCCAUCAUGGAGUCGUGAAUGAAAGAAAAUCCGUGGUUCGUCUCAGCAACAAAAUCAAGAAGCUUGGCAAAGCAGAAGUUCCUUCUCCCACAAAGCGACCAGUAACAACCACUCCGGCUUAGUGAGAUUCUUCCAGGUGGAUGACAUUGCAUUAAGUUGAAUUAUGGUACGAUUGAAAGGAAUUAGGUUAGAGGAAAGAUUAGGUUAAAACGGAUGAUUGUUUUUUUGAAAAAAACCAAUGAAUGGGAUGAACAUUUGAAUCAAAGAUGAAAUUUAUAGUAGAUGAGAUUUAAUUUAA